UUCAAACUCUAUAGAUCUUCCCGUGAUCUCGCAUCAUUGUGAGACCGGCUUCCCCAUUUCCCACGAUGACUCGAUUGGAGAAUCAUCGCGACUCGUCUCAUUCGAUGGGUACCAGAGGACUUUCUGGGCGAGGUCCGAUGGGGCUUGUCAGUGUGAAGAAACAGUCAUUGUCGGACCCAAGGGGCGAUAAAUGGAAGCGUCAGGUCGAGCAUGCUGGCUUUUCUCGGCAGUCUCCUCGACGUAUUCAGCCAAAGACGGAUUUCUGUCUUGAUAAAGAUUUGGAUGCAUUCUCGGAAAAUGUCAACGGAGCCACCGAGGUGGAAGAGAGAACUCACAGCAACACCAAGAGAGGACAAUCGACGUUCUUUGUCUCUUCCCUCCAAUGUCGCGAAUUCAACCUCGCAUGUAGCCUCGCUCGAUCCACGCCUCUGCUUCUCAAUAUCAAACCUCGCCAACGCCCCAAAUUGGCCUUCUGACUCCUACACCAGCGCAAGCGGACGUCCUAACGGCAUUGCUUCAAGCGGAAAUGCAUUUGCUCUCAAUGGGACACUGUUUAAUGGAAAGCCUCAACAAUGUCGAGAAAGUAAUCUCAUAGAAAGCAAGGCGGCGUUACGUAUGACGGCAAUGCCUUCCGUCCUGGAUAUGUCUUCCUCGCCAGGUUGGAAACAGAGCCCUGACUCGAUCCAAGAGACGGAAGUUUUCCAUUGGAAACUGUUAGACCAGUAUGACUACCCUUUGUCGGAAUUUGGGAGCCGUGCAGCUACACCUUUUGGUAAUAUAUCGCCAAAACUCAAUCAUUGUUUAACGACAUCCAGUCCGGGUCUUGAAGGUAACCCCAUCAAUGCUGCGGAUAGCGCGGAACACCAGAGAAGGCUACAAAUCUCCUCAAACUCCAAGCGUACUAUGGAUAUCGCAGUACCUAUCGAUGAAGGCCCAAUCAAGCGGCCACGAUGUUCUGUUCAACUACCAGACUCUGCUAUGCGCUCGGAUGAAAGUUCCGACGACGAAAAUGCUACGGUGAAGAGAUACAGGCUUUUGGCAUGCCCCUUUUUCAGAUACAACGCCGGACGCCACACGAGCUGCCUCAAUCUCAAAAUGCGUCGGAUCCGGGAUGUCAAACAACACCUCAAGAGGCGACACUCUGAACCGCAGUACUAUUGCACAACCUGUUACAAAGUAUUCACAACCGAAUCGAAGUGGUUUCAGCAUGUGUCGGAUCAGUCUUUCGUACCCUGCUUUCCGACAGAUGGACGGCCUGAUUUUGUAACUGCUCGCGAGAGUCAGCUUCUCUGCGCCAAAGCCAGCAGAAAUGCUACAUUAGAGGAUCAGUGGUAUAGCGUUUGGGACAAGAUCUUCAUAGGCAGGCAGAGACCAUCUCACCCAUUCAUGCGGACAGUUGUGGAAGAGGUCACCUCGAUGAUGCGGGAGUUCUGGCAGAACGAGGGAGACCAGAUUGUUAAGAAGUUUACGGAAUCGCUGCAUAUGCAAGACGGGGAUGAGGUCAGGCUGAAGAAUGUCAUGUUGAACAUGAUGGAAGAAUCCCACAACGUCUUUGGAAACCGGUUUCGGCCCUCUACACCGGUGGAAGGGUCCGUCGGAGGUCCAGACAACGAGCAGCUUUCAAACCCCCACCAUCUCUCAUCAGGGCCACCACGUGGCGAAGACAACGAUGAUAAGGUCUUCUCAGCAUCUAAUCCUGAGCAGAAGGACCUGAAUGGUCUCCUACAUCAACCAUGCUCCCGUCCGGUUUCUGACGUGGAUGAAAAUCAAGUCUGGGAAGGGAUUCCUGCAGAGUUUGACGCGAUGGCUGACAUCGGUCCCAAUGUCAACGAUGCUGGCUUUACAGACAUGUACGAAGGGGCAGAGAAUGCAAUAAUCGACCCGAUGGAGAAAUCUGAAUGGUCUUCUAUCGACUACAGCAACCAAAGCUUGUUUCAAUGCCCAAACAUGCUUGAAACCAGUUUUCAAGAGGUCCAAAUUGGCUCACUGCCAAUCUGAAUCAUCAGAACUGUUGGAUGUGCGCAGAAAGUACCGGAGGAUGACAAGAACGAUGGAAAGAAGGACAGUUAACGAGUCAUAAUGGGGUCUAUCAACUCCAGAGUCGACUUGGAACUCAAGCAUAGACGACAGAAGAUUGCUCUCACGUUGCUCCUAAGCUUUGGAAUCAUCAUGCUUUGUAGAAUCAGGCUAUUUGGGUCCAAACCAGAAAUCGGUUUCUUGAGAUGAGUACGGGGAAGCAAAGAAAUCAAGGAGCGAGGGGAGGAUUACAAUUGUACUUAGAGCCCUUCAACAGGGUACAGAGUUGCAGAGGGAUAAUUGGAUCGGUUUUGUUUGGAGUUUUGGUCGGUGAUUCCAGGAGACC